GCCCGGGGAGCCCUGAGGAGGCGGGCGCGGCCGGUCCCGGUGCGGGGCGGCUCCGGCUUCUUCUGCGGCUUCUCCGCGGUGCUACCCGGGGAGGGCAGGAAGCUCAAGAUGUCGAGGAACUUCUCUGAAACUGGCAGCAGAAGAGAACAUGUUAAAAUCACAAGCGAGUCCAAGCCAGGGUUCCUGGAGAGGCUCAGUGAGACUUCUGGAGGCAUGCUGAUGGGACUUGUGACAUUUCUUCUGUCUUUCUAUCUUCUUUUUACCAAUGAAGGACGAGCUCUAAGAACAGCCCAGUCUCUUGAUGAGGGACUUUCUCUUGUCAUCCCUCUUGAUAGUAUCCACAGUGUGUCUCAGCAGAAUGAAGGGAGAUUGGUGCACUUAGCUGGUGCUCUGAGUACACAUAAGCCUUUGUUUGAUCCCAGCUAUGGGCUCUCCAUCCACGCUGUCAAACUUAAACGUAAUGUGGAAAUGUAUCAGUGGGUAGAAUAUGAAGAGUCCAAGGAAUAUGAAGAGAAUGGUGAGAUUAAGAAAGAGACAAAGUAUUCAUACAAUACGGAAUGGAAAUCAGAAAUUGUGAACAGCAGAAACUUUGAUCGAGAAAUUGGACACAAAAACCCCAGUGCCAUGGCUGUGGAGUCUUUCACUGCAGUUUCACCUGUCGUCCAGGUUGGCAGCUUUGUUCUCUCCAAGGGUCUUGUGGAGAAAAUUGAUGACUUCAAGCAGUUGAGUUUGUCAAACCUGGAGGAUCCACAUGCUGAUGUCACCCGAGGAGGAGAUUACUUUUACCACAGCGAUAACCCCAGGCGUCCAGAAGUAGGCGACCUUCGUGUCUCAUUCUUCUAUGCAGGUCUGAGUGGAGAUGACCCCCAUUUGGGCUCUGCUGAUAAGGUGACUGUGAUUGCUCGUCAGCGAGGUGAUCAACUGGUUCCAUAUCACACCAAAUCUGGAGAUGUCCUGCAGAUUCUCUACCUUGGAGAUCUCUCUGUGGAGGAGGUGUUUCAGAAAGAGCAUGAGAGUAACACCAUGAAGACCUGGGCCCUCCGUGCAGCAGGCUGGCUGUCCAUGUUUGUGGGCAUCAGCCUAAUGACCCGAAUCUUUCACACUUUGGUGGACUGGUUUCCUGUGGUCAGAGACCUGGUUAACAUUGGAUUAAAAGCAUUUGCCUUCUGUGUAGCCAGCUCACUGUCCCUGCUGACCAUCUCCAUUGGCUGGCUCUUCUACCGCCCUCUCUGGGCUUUGCUCAUCGGGUUGCUCUCUGUCGUUCCCAUUGUGGUUGCAAGAUCUCGUGUUCCACCAAAGAAGCAGCAGUGAGAAGGAGGUGGUGAGGUUUUGUGUUGAGUCCUUGUCAGAAACUUCUCAAGUGCAUUUCUGUCCCAGGCACUGCGGCAUGCUUCCAGCCUAUCACAGUUCAGCAAUGUGCACCACGAGUUGGAGAGGGCAUCUGGAUGUGGUUGUUGAUACAUGUUAUCUAUGGAAAAUAUGACUAUAGGAUGCUGUUUGUGGGAAGUCAGUGGCAUUGACAUUGGGGAAAGAAGCAUUUUGGAGUGUCUGUAGUCCUUGUAAUUGAGUGAACAAGCAGAUUUGUACCUCUUACCAGUUAUUAAUUCCCCAGUUCAAAAACUGGCAAGUCCUCAGUGCCAGCUGGGACACCUUGUGUAAUAUGGAAUAAGUGCCACCUUCAGCAUAUGGGCAGUGAUUAGGUAUCCAUAGGAAAUAUGUGUCUGACAAAUCCUGUCUCUGCUGCCUUUUCUUACAUGCACAGGCAUCUAUCGUAUACACUUCUUUGGCAUUUGGAAGUGUAUGUGUUCAAAAGGGAAAACACACCUUAGUCAAAUUUCAUACAAAACCUUUAUAAAUAUAUGCUUUUGGACUGAGGAUUUUCAAAGUAACUUGAAAUAAUGAGUGGCCAGGUUAGCAGUGCUCUGAGGUAGGACAGAUUUUUUAGAAAGCAUGGAUUUCCCUCAGCUUUUUGGAAGGCUCUGAAGUUGUUCUUGGUUAAGCAUCCAAAAUGGUAGCGUGGACUGUACAAUUUCAGAAAUUUAACCUCAAAUUGCGUUUAGGGGGAAACUGGGAGGUUUAAAAUGAAACCUGUUGCCUUGAAACAAAAUCAACUUCUAUAAUUGAAUAUGUAUUCUUGGAAAUAUUUGGGAUUUUUUUUUUCUGUGUAUACUGUCACUUUGAGUUUCACUCUGUGAGGACAAUGAACGCACUCAAUGAAGUUCAAGUAAUGAAACCAGUUUUGCCUGAUAGAUUUCAUAUAUUUUAGUAGCCUAAAUUUUGAGCUUUGUUAGAGGAAUGUCUUCUUGUAGUGUUGUGAUGGCUCAUGUUUACAUAUUUAUGCUGUAACCAGUACUUGAGAUUAGAGACUAGCUUGCUCUGUUUUUAAGUCUCUCUCCACCUAGCUAGUCUGGCUUCCAGAUGUGCCCCUACACUACAAUAUGUUGUUUUUCCUGUAAGUAUUCAUGAUUCAGUUAAAAAAUAAUGUCUUUGUGAAAUCCAGUUAGGACCAUCAGGAGAAAUGUGUUCCCUUGUAACAAAGGAACUUCACUUGAAUGUACGUACGAGCAAACGUUAGCUACACUUGGUACUGAAAGAGAGAACUGAGUUAUAAUGAAUACAUUUUUUAAGAAGUGGUAAUUACUUUAUUAGAAUUAGCCGUAAUUCUUCUAGUAUUUGAACAUUGUGAAUUCAGUCUCCUGGCUCGUUUCUGCUGGUAAAGGCAGCAGUGAGCCAGAGGUUAUAGGAAGUGCUCGUGGUCUCGCGUGCGCAGCCGACGUGUGUUGGCAAUGCUGGGUGAUCUUCCUGCUGCCCCCAACACCAGCUUUUGCUGCAUCCAUUAAGAAUUGCACCCCACUGAGAAAAAGUGUUGGACUGCUAUUUUACCAGUACUGCAGGAAACUAACCAGCAUUACUGUAUUAGAGAUGAAAAUACAAUUUUCUACAGAAGUGCUGAGCUUUUGUAUAUUUAAUAAAGUACAGUUUUCAAAA